CCCCUGCUCUACCCCGAGGACCAUCAUGCGGAAAUAGUUUGUCUUGCCCACAUCUUGACCCAAAUUUCUUAUUUUUCUCCUUGGAAUCCUUAAUUACCCACCAAAAUAAAAUAAAAUUGAGUUUGAGGUCAAUUACGAUGUCGUCGGAAGAAUUUGAGAAGUUGCACGAAAUCUAUAGGUCCCUGUACGAGGAGCUAAAGCUAAUGCCAGAGAGGCUGCUGAGGAGUCAUGGAGAGGAGAAAAAGAGCUUAUUGAGGGCCUUUGACGAAAGAAAUUUGGAGGCGGAGGAAAUUCUGCAGGGGAUGGAAGAGGAGCUGCGUGAUGCUCCGCCAUCCUACCGGAAUCCCAUGAGAACCAAGCUGCGUCUUUACCAACGAGACCUCGCCAAGCUGCAGCGGGACGCCAAGAACUCGGCCCCGCUGCUGUCGGACGGGAGUCAAGGCAGCAUCUAUUCAUCGCAAAACCAACAAAGCACACGAGUGCAGUCGCAGCGAGCCCUGCUCCUGCAAGGCACCGAGUCGCUGAACAACACAAGCCAGAGCAUCGAGCGCAGUCAACGCCUGGCCAUCGAGACUGAGAACAUCGGCACCGACAUCAUCGAGGAACUCGGCGGGCAGCGGGAGCAGCUGGAUCGGACCAAGGACAGACUGGUAAAUACGGGGGAGAACCUCAGUCGCACUCGGAAAAUCCUUCGUUCCAUGUCACGACGGCUCAUGACAAACAAGCUGCUUCUCGCCGUCAUCAUUCUCAUGGAACUGGCCAUUCUAGGCGCUGUGGUUUACCUCAAGUUCUUUCGCCGAUGAAGAUUGAGGAUGGGAAGGUAGUGGAAUUCUCUCUGAACCCGCUUUCGCGUCCAUAAGGUCCAACGUGUCACUGAAGGUUCACUUGAGAUGAACGUUCCUCAUCACAUGAGCCACAGAAUUUAAUGUGCACUAUUUGAUCGGACUGUUAAUCCAGAGAAAUCCCUCUGGAAGGGAGUUUUGGACAUCUGCGCACACCGGUGUGACAACAUGGCGACCUGGUGUGGUAAAUUGAGGUACUGCACUUCAUUUAGCAAUAUAAGACCACAUUGCACACUUUCUGUCUUGCUUUUAACUUGAUAUUGCUCAGGGUACUUAUUAUUACACUCUGAUCAAUAUAGACAAAAAAGUUGCUUUAUUCGAAGCCAUCUACAUUUCCUUUUGUUUAUACUCUAAACUGUUUGCCAGUCGUUAUCACUGUGAUUAGUUAACACGUAUAUUGUUGUAAGCCUUCUUGAUUGAUGGCAACUUUUGACUUGAAAUGAUUUAAUCCAUUGGUCAGAUGAUUGUGAAUGAUUGUUUUACAAAAUGAACAAUGAUGGCCAAGUACCU